GUUGCCAACUUUUAGACGCAAGAAUGACCAACUCAAGUUUGAUAAGGAUUCUUUCAUUUUAGAAUUCUUCCGAAUAGAGCCGCAAUAACCUGUUUAAGGGUUCAUGAAUGUAAAAUCAGUGGUUUAAUAAAUAAGGUUUUAAGAGAUAAGAAGAGGUUGAAACAAGCUGAUAAGGACUCCGGGAGAACAUCUACCUCACCCUCUCCUCCUGUGUCCUUUUUUCAGUUCCAGAUCUGAAAGCCUAUUAUAUAUCAGCUACUACUCUAGGUCCUGGAGGUAUAGAAAUAAACGUGGGCAGGAAUAAAUGAGGACUCCUUCUUUGAAGGCUUAGGACUCUCUUGGAAGAGGAAGCAUGGAGGGAAAGUAUAAUUGUGACAUCUGCUGGGGAAGGGAGGAGCAUGGCAACGACAUGUUACUGAUGAUUGAGUGGAUAAUGUAGUUUGGGGCAUGGGCAGUGAUCAGCAUUUUGGUGUUCAAAACUAGCUUGUGAAGAGACAUGGAGUUGGGAAACGGAUUAAGUUUAGGGAAUAAUAAACGGGAAUAUAAUAAAAGGGGUAGAUGGAGAGUUGGAAGCCCUUGUGUGGAAUUUAGUUUUGAAGAAAAUCAUUUUGGACAGUUACUCUUUGUCACACACUGUUCUAGGCAAAGUGUAUGCCCUCUUGGAGCUAAAUCUAGCAUGUGUGAGGAUUACCAAAACAGUAGAGUUGAGAGCAGAUAUUAAGGGGACUUUAUGUAGUUCCAGGUGUCAGAGGAGGUGACUUGGAAUUAUUUUGGGGAAGAGAAAAGGUAACAGGUAGAGGGAUCACAUAUACAGAUGAAUGAAGAGAAAAUCUGAAGAACUUGAGAAACUGAAGUUCAUUUUGGCUGUGAAGGAGGAAGGUAUGGGUAGCACGUAAUGAAGCUUGAAAGAAAUGGCAACAGGUCUUCUGAAGACACCAUCUCUGUCUGUAAGGACAAAAUUGCUACAUCAAACUGGAGUGUCACUUUAUAAUACAUCUCAUGGUUUCCAUGAGGAAGAAGUGAAAAAAAAACUUCAGCAGUUCACUGGUGGAUCCAUUGACCUUCAGAAGGAAGACAGUGGCAUUGGCAUCCUUACUCUGAACAAUCCAAGCAAAAGGAAUGCUUUUUCAGGUGUUAUGAUGCUACAACUUUUGGAAAAAGUGAUUGAAUUGGAAAAUUGGACAGAAGGGAAAGGCCUCAUUGUCCUUGGGGCAGAGAAUACUUUCUCCUCAGGAUCCGACCUGAAUACUGUGAGAGCUCUAGGAACUCCAGAGGAUGGAAUAGCCUUAUGUAUGUUCAUGCAAAACACCUUAACAAGAUUGAUGAGACUUCCUUUAAUAAGCGUUGCACUGAUUCAAGGUCGGGCAUUAGGUGGAGGAGCAGAAUUUACAACAGCCUGUGAUUUCAGGUUAAUGACGCCUGACAGUGAGAUCCGAUUUGUCCACAAGGAGAUGGGUAUAGUACCAAGCUGGGGUGGCACUUCCCGGCUGGUUGAAAUAAUUGGCAGGAGACAAGCUCUCAAAGUGUUAAGUGGGGCCCUGAAACUGGAUUCAGGAAAAGCUUUAAAAAUUGGAAUGGUCGAAGAAAUCUUGCAGUCUUCAGAUGAAACUGAAUCUCUAAGAGAGGCACAAGAGUGGCUAAAGCAGUUUAUCAACGGGCCACCAGAUGUAAUUAGAGCUUUGAAAAAAUCUGUUUCUUCAAGCAAAGGGCUGUGUUUCAUGGAGUCAUUACAAACUGAAAGAGAUAUUGUAGGAACUGUUUGGGGUGGACCUGCAAAUUUAGACGCUCUUGCUAGGAAAGGGAAAUUUAAUAAAUAA